UCCUCCUCCUCCUAAGCCUCCCGGGAGAGACGGUUUCGCAGCCGAAAAGCGGGCGCCGGGCUCUUGGGUUUGCUCUCGCCCACCCGUGGCCCGUGGAGCCCUGCAAGGCCAUAAAUGUGAGGCUUGGCCACAAAGCAACUUUUCCAUCACCGCCUGAGUCUCUAAAGAAGAGCUACUUGGAUACAGUGGGAGCCAGUCUACUUUUCCUGUGCAGGAGGGACCUGACGGUCAACCCAGAAAAGAUCUGACCAUGCCGCCUUCCAAAGAUGUGGUCAAAAUCGCUGUGCAGAUGAUGGGCGCAAUUCCCCAGCUUAUAGAACUGAAUCAGGCUAAGCCUUUGUCAGCAGUUGUGAAAGAAGUCUGUGAAGUGUGGAACCUAAAUAAUUCCGAGCGCUAUGCUCUGCAGUACGUGGACGGCCAACAAGCUUACAUCACAGAACUGAACCGUGGAGAAAUUAAGAAUGGGAGUAUCCUGCAAUUGACCACUGCUCCGACCCCUCCAGAUACGUUCAAUGGGAACACAUCUGCCCACCUUACACAUCUGCAGAAUGUGAACUCGCAGCAAUUGCAUUAA